UGGAUGCUGCAGUAGUCCAUCUCCCGCGCCCCGCCAACACAGCCACGGAAGCUGCACCUCCUCCACGUCUCCUCCGGCAGUGUCUGUGGUUUAGUCACAAGGUGGACCUCCUUGUGGUCGGACGUGUCUGUGUUUGUGUAUCGGUGCUCCGUUUUCUGUAACCAUGGGAACGCCAGUGCCAACAGAGACCAAGGAUAACAGUGCCACGGAAAACGGGAGUUCUUCUGGCGAUGCCCUGGGGUGUGAUCAGCGGGGACUGACCUGGUGUCCGCCCACGUCAUCUCCUUCCCUGGCACCCACCACCUCGUCCCCACCAGCCCACCAGUCAUCAACUUUCGCUAAGGGGACCCACAGUUCGCCUUUCAGCACUCCCUUGUCCAGAGUGCCAUCCGCUUUCCACUUGUUCCAGUCACUACCGUUCCUGCCGUCAGUGAGCGGUGGCAGUGUUAAGCAGCCGAUGCCCCCUCUAGGGGUGGACCCCAGGGUGAUGGGGAUGCUGCACAGUUACCAUUCUCUGGGUCAGCUGCCGUGGGCGGCUCUGGGUGCUGGCGACCUGGCCCUCAACCGUCUCCUGUUGACUCCUGGAGGCCGCCUCAGCCGACCCAAGAAGCGCUACAUCUGCAAGUAUUGUCAACGGGAGUUUACCAAGAGCUACAACCUGCUGAUCCACGAGAGAACACACACGGACGAGCGGCCCUUCCCCUGCGACAUCUGCGGCAAGGCCUUCAGGAGACAAGACCACCUCCGCGACCACAAGUACAUCCACAGCAAGGAGAAGCCCUUCAAGUGUGAGGUGUGUGGCAAGGGGUUCUGUCAGGCGCGCACCCUGGCCGUCCACAAGGCCCAGCACGCCCACGACUCCAUAACCUCGCCGCUACACCUGACCGCGACACCCACAACGUCGCCCACCAUCAGAAACCUGGACUUGAGGGAAAGACUGGCACCCUACCCAACACUGGCCCACCUUCACAGAACUCUAAGUUCAGACCUUCAGGUGUUCCCAGUAACCACGAGGGCUCCAGUCACUACAUUCCCCACAAGCAGCCUAGCGUCAGUGGCUUCCGGAGUUACCGGAGCUGGACAUGAGAAAAAAGACGACCACGAUGUUAUCUUCGUCAUGGCCGGCGACACAGCAGAAGUGGCAGAAGAAAAAGCUCUGGACCUGACGAUCUCCAGGAAGAGAUCAACACCACUCGUCGACGCCAAAGAGCAGCUCUCCGUCGACCACAACAAGAACGUUGUUUAUAAACACAAAGACAGUACCGACGUGACCAGAAGCCCCGGGGCGGGACCGAGGGAAGUGACCAGAGUUACCUAUAGUGAACGUGAACCCAAAUUCUCAGUGACCAAGUUGAACAUUUAAACGUAGUGUAGUACAGUGUAUGGUAUCCUUUAAUACAGACACUAGCAAAUAAUUUAUGUAUACUAGGGAGUGUAUGUCUCCAGGUCCCUCCGACUAAGCUUGUGUAUACCGCCGUGUACCUACGACUGUAUACGUCAUCAUGUGUAUGUGAGGACCAGUGUGUGUAUAUUAUGUACCUAUACACGUUUCUUCUAGGGCAUCCCUCACAGUGUAUACAGUAAAUGUAUAGCACUGAGCUGAGUAUUUCCCCAACACUUGCAUGUGUGAAACUGUUUGUGUAUGUGCUCCAUGUAUAAUUGUGUAUACAUCUGUAUGUACAUACCAACUGUGCUUUGAACAUCCAGUUAACUUCGAAUCUGUGCAUGAAUAAAAAGUUGACAAAUAUUUA